AUGGCGGCCUGCGUCGCCAACCUCGGCGGCAUCGCCCGCUCCAAUGCGCUGACCCCCGUCGGCGCGCGAGGCGCAUCCUCCUCGCGCACCGCCGGCGGUCUGCUUCCGCUCCGCCGCGCGGGCUCCUCCGGCCGCGCCGUGCGCCGCGUCAGGUCCUCCGUCGCCGUCAGGGCGUCCAUGGCCGGCGCCGAGUUCCCCUCCUUCGACCAGGUCCAGGGCGCCGUCGCCAACGUCCACGCGUCGUUCAUCGGCAACGACGCCGUCGCCAGCCUCUUCCAGGUGGCCGACGCGGCCGACGCCGCCGCGCCCGAGGAGCUCAAGGGCCUGCAGAAGGGCGGCUGGCUCGGACCCAUCACCGAUCUCCUCGAGAGCAUCCUCAAGGGGAUCGACAGCGGUUUUGUGGGCCUCGGCGUUCCUUACUCCUACGGCUACGCCAUCCUCGCGCUCACCGUCCUCGUCAAGGUGGUCACCUUCCCCCUCACCAAGAAGCAGGUUGAGGGCAGCCUCCAGAUGCAGGCCAUCCAGCCCCGCGUCAAGGAACUCCAGGCGAUGUACGCCAACGACCCCGAGCGCCUGCAGAUGGAGACCGCGAGGCUGUACAAGGAGGCGAACUUCAACCCGCUCGCGGGAUGCCUCCCCACCUUCGCCACCCUCCCCGUCUUCAUCGGCCUCUACCGCGCCCUGUCCAACGCCGCGGUGGAGGGCGAGCUCACCGACGGCUUCUACUGGAUCCCGUCCCUCGGCGGUCCCACGUCAAUCGAGGCCAGGAACGACGGCAACGGAUUCGCGUGGCUCUUCCCCUUCGUCGACGGCGCCCCGCCGCUCGGCUGGCACGAUACCAUCGCGUACCUGGUGCUGCCCGUGCUCCUCGUCGCCUCGCAGCUCAUCUCGCAAAAGGUGAUGACCCCGGACCAGCCCAAGAGCGACGAUCCCGCGCAGCAGCAGUCGCAGGCGAUCCUCAAGUUCCUCCCGUUCAUGAUCGGAUUCUUCUCCCUCAACGUCCCCGCCGGUCUCACGCUCUACUGGUUCGCCAACAACAUCUUCAGCACCGCGCAGACGGUGUACCUGAGGAAGACGACCAAGGCGCCGGAGAUGCCAGCCGCCGUCGCGGGGGGCAUGCCCAUGCCGGGUACCCCCGCGUCCGCGCAGCCCGUGCGCGUGGAGUACGUGCCCAAGUCCCAGAGGAAGGCCCAGGGUUCUGUGCCGGCGCCCAAGCCGGCGCCGCCCAAGGUUGAGCCCAUGCCCGAGUCCUUGGCGGCGGAGUUUGGAGACUUCGACGACGGACCCGCGAAAAUCGUGGAGCCCGUGGUUGUGGAGGCGAAGGUCGUGGCCGAUACCACCGGGGCGGCGGCGGCGGCGGCGGCGGGCGAGGCUGGUGGGAAGAAGGGGGGAUCCAGGAAGGGCAGCAAGGGUUCCCGCAAGCGCAAGGGCAGCAGGAAGUGA